AUGUCCUCCUUGGCGACAGGAACCCGUGGCGACAUCCCCAUAGACGAAUCGUUUAGGCAGCCGCUCAUUAUCCAUUCGCACGAGGUGGCCGGUCAAACGCAGUUGCAGUUCUCUCAGCAUGCCGUCGAUUCUGUGGAAACCCGUCUGCUCUACUACGUCAGUGUCGGGGAUUCAGUCCUGCCACCGCAGCUUCAGUGUCCAUCGGAGACAGCUGAGGAGGAAAUGAUUGAGUCUCUGCGCCUGCAUCAUGCACACGUCCAAGUCUCUGCUCCAAACAGCAAUGUCGGGAAGAUGACGGCCAUAUACAUCUUCAGUUUCGGGCUGAGCGGAAGACCGUGA